CGUUUCGUUGUUUGUCGCACUCACUCUCAGUCUUACUUGUUGAGAGCAUGCUGCAUCGUGGCAGCACACAUCGGCUUGUAUUCCUGAUCGUCAUUGUUGUGAUUGUGAUUGUUGCGCACUUGGCUGCCGAGACACAUGCGUCGUCCGGCGAUCGCAGCUGGGAUUACAUUCAGUGCUGCCAGCCAUGCUUCAGUGACUGUGCCAGACAGUCCGACAAGCCGUCCUCGUUGUCGGUGCUCGAUUCGCUGAAUCCGCUGCGAUGGACUUGCAUGGAUGAAUGUCGCUACAACUGCAUGCACGCCUGCACGGAAGCGCACGUCGCUGCGGGACAGCCCGUGCAGCAGUUCCACGGCAAGUGGCCAUUCACGCGCUUCGCUGGGAUGCAGGAGCCAGCGUCCGUCCUAUUCUCCAUCCUCAAUGGCAUGGCGCACAUCUAUGGCGCACGGCGAUACGCCCAGGCCAUCCCCGAGCAGUACGCCUUCCGUCGGCUGUGGAUUGGGUAUGCCGUCGUCAAUGUCAACACUUGGUUUUGGUCGGCAAUCUACCACACGCGAGACUUGUUUUGGACGGAGAGGCUCGACUAUUGGUUUGCCACAGCGUCCAUCCUGUGCUCCAUGUUUUGCGGACUGGUGCGCAUCAGCAACGUGUUGCAUCGCUUCCGCUGGCUGGUGAUGGCGCUGAUGAUGGCUGUGUUUGGAGCGCACGUCAUCUAUCUCUCGCAGGACCGCUUUGAUUACGGCUACAACAUGACUGCAAGCGUGGCUGUGUUUGCCGCAAAUGCGAUGCUGUGGGUCUUGUGGUGCGCGUUUGCCCCAGUUCAUCCAUUGCUUCCUGUCGUUGAACCAAGACCAUUGCAAAUCGACCCGCAGCGCGCAAUUGAUGGCGGCUCUUAUCCACCAAUACCCUCGCUUGCCUAUCGCAGAAAGGCACUCGCCGCCGUUGUUGGCCUCGGGCUAUGUGCUGCGUUUGAGAUUGCAGACUUCCCGCCAGUUUUCGGGAUUUUUGAUGCCCAUGCGCUUUGGCACGGAAGUACCGUUCUAGUCAUUGUAGUCUGGUAUUCGUUUUUAAUUGACGAUGCAAGCUACGAGUUGCACCUGGCUCGAUCCCGCUCGGCCAAGCAGUUGAGAUAAACAAUCAUGCUUUGAGUUAUGAACAAUCGAUUUUUGUAUUUCAAAAAAAGCUAAUCAAUCGGAGAA